AUGUGUGACGCACCCACCCACGCUUCACUCUCACUCCUCCACCUUCUCAUCCCUUCCCGACCAUUCCCAAUCUUCCCAUCCCCCAUCUCGCGAGCUACCUGCUUCCCUCUGUCUGCCCCAACCGCAGAAGCAAGCUCCCAAAAGCGGAGCCAAUCCUCCCGCUAAUCUCGGGCUCGACGCAGGGCCGCGGCGGGCUCGGAGGCGAUCGCGAUUGGAGUGUCCCGAUCGAUCGCGCGUGGGCUGGAGGAUUCGACAGCGGCCGGAGUCGGAGGCGGAGGCGAUGGGGCGGCUCUUCCUGAUGCACCUGGACGGGAACGCCUACAGCUGCAAGUUCUGCCGCACGCACCUCGGCCUCGCCGCAGACAUCAUCUCCAAGUCCUUCCACUCCAAGCACGGCAAGGCGUACCUCUUCAACCGGGUUGUCAAUGUUACAUCCGGAGUAAAAGAGGAUCGACUGAUGAUGACAGGAAUGCACACUGUUUCAGAUAUCUUCUGUGUUGGUUGUGGAUCCAUAGUUGGAUGGAAAUAUGAGGCUGCACAUGAGAAGAACCAGAGGUACAAGGAAGGGAAAUUUAUUCUGGAGAGGUUCAAGGUGUCAGGGCCUGAUGGGAGCCACUACUGGGGAAUCACACAUGACCAUCAUGUGGGCGGAAGCGACGCCGACGAUCAAUGAAGCACACAACUCGACAUUGCCCGAACUUGUCAUAUCUGUAAAUAACCUGGGUGUUUGGUAUUAGUUACCUGGGGUUUUCGCUUCCAUUCAAAAGCAUCCCUGGCGUAAAUUGUUAAUUCUAGGUGAUAUCAUCCCCGCAAGCUAUCGGGGAGGUCUACCUUCUGUAUAUGAAUGUAUCUUGUAGCUCCUAAAAGGCUGUUGUGUUCCUGGAAUGGCAGGGUCUAAUGACUGAAUAAAAAUUAUGGUUCUGAAGUA